AUGGAUAUUAAUAUGUUCCCAUACAAAAGUGGAUACUGCCGCAUUGGGACGGACGUACACUCGUACAGUACAGUAGUGUAUAAGUUAUUUUUCAGCGCUUCUGGAAAAUCCGAGAUGCCAGAAGAAAAGGAAGAAGAGUUACCACCAAUGGAACCACGCGAUUUUACCUUAACUGAACUAAGCCAAUAUGAUGGUAUCAAAGAUAAACGCGUUUUGAUGGCUAUCAAUAGUAAAGUUUUCGAUGUUUCUCGCCGUCGGAGUGUGUAUGGUCCAGGUGGACCGUAUCAGGUUUUUGCUGGACAUGACGCUAGCAGAGGCUUAGCAACGUUUUCACUGGAGAAAGAUGCUGUAAAAGAUGAAAUCGACGAUUUAUCAGACUUGAAUAGCAUGCAAAUGGAUUCGUUGCGUGAAUGGGAAAUGCAGUUUUUAGAUAGAUAUCCUGUCGUUGGCAAACUAUUGACACCAGAAGAAGCGGCUCAGAGAGAAGAAGAGCUCAAAGAAAAACAACCAGAAGACGCAAAGAAUGAUCAAGAUAGUAAAAAAGAGAAAUAG